UAUUUUUCAAAUUUUUAUUUUCAAAUUUUUAAUAUUUGUUUUCUAUUUUAUAAAAUUUUAAACCUCAAACCCAAAUCUACACCCCUUAACUCUAAACUCUAAGGUUUGGAUUAGUUAACCCUAGGGGUAUAAGUGUAUAUUUAUCUCUUUAAUAAAAUAUUUUAGUCAUUUUGAUUCUUAGAGUCUAUAUUUGUGAUAUAAACUUUUUUAGUGAUAUCUUAGGGUAUUUCCCUUCAAAAAUAUAUGGGUCGUUGAAAAAAAAGAAAAACUCCAAAAAAAUACUCCAACUACAUUUUGUUAAACAUUUUAAUAUCCAAUUUUUUUGCAAUCCAGUUUGAUAUCCAAACUAAUUAUUUUGCUCAUUUAAUACACUUACUUUUAAUUCUGUGCCAAUUUUAAUACUGAAAUUAUGAAAAUUUAAUCAAAAAUAUUAAUAGGCUUCAAUCAAAAUUUAAAAUCUCUCUAAAAUUCAAAAAAAAAAUCUUAAAAAUUUCAAAUUUAUUUUAGGUUUUAAGAAUAAAAGUAACUAAAUUUGGAUAAUAUUCUAAAUUUUAGAAAAAUUAAGUAUGAGCAUAAUAAAUAAAUUAUUCAAAACUUCAGAAAACAUAGUAAAUUUGAAAUUAAAACAAAAAAAUAUUAUGAAAAAAGAUUAUCAAAAAUUUAUUUACUUUAUUCUUAAACAUUAAAAUAAAAUUUAAAAUUUAACUUUUUUUUUAAAUUUUAGAGAUUUUGUAAGUUUUGUCUGAAACGUAUUAUUAAAUGAGCAUACUUUGGGUAUUAAAAUGAGCAUAUUUUUAAAAGUAAAAGUAUUAAAAUGAGCAAAUUAGUUAGUUUGGAUAUUAAACCGGGUAGAAAAAAACUUGAGUAUUAAAACGCCUAACGAAACUUAGUUGAGAUAUUUUUAUGGAAUUUUCCCUUGAAAAAACUGAACUAAACUUCAAGAAUUUUUUUUGAGAAAUGACUAAAACAUGGAAUUGAUUCGAGGAUUUAAUAUAAGAAACAUAGGACACUAAAGGCAAAGCCAUAAUAACCUCUUGUGAGUUUGUGUUGGCCCAAACAUCGUGCCGGUUCCCACCGGUUUGCUUAAAAUUUUGUUUCGUUUCAGCAGUAACCGUUUUAACCGGAUCUGUUCGGUUCAGUUUAUUACCUUUAAUAUUCUCCAGUUCUCGAAAUCCACAUGAUUUGGCCAGCCACUAAUAAGCUAUGUUUGCUAUUUUUUUUCAAAGAUGUGUCCAUCAAAUUCUCUAAGUCAUUGAUUCCAUAAAUCUAAACUUAGUAUUCGAUUCAUUUCAUUAUAUAUAACAGUUCAAGAAAAAAAAACCAUCUCAUCAGUAUAUAUCAUCAAUCAUGAAAAAAGUUUCUUUGUUGUGCUUAUGUUGCAUCACCAUCUUGGCAACAAGUUUAAGCUUCAAUGUAGUUUCAGCACACGAGAUAGCCGUGAAUGCGCCAAAUACGAUUAAAGAUAUAGAGUCAUACAUCUCUAACAGAGCCAUUGGGUUUGUUUUAAAGCUGGAAGAUGAGUGUCCGAUAAGAGAAAAGCUAAGAUCAUUCUUUGAGAAACUAAAGGAUCUCUUGAAGUUGGAGUCCUCUGUUACACCGAUGAUCGAAGAAAAUGAGCCCAAAACGUUCAUGUCCCAUAUGAAAUCGAAAGCCGAUAAUCUCCUCCAAACGAUGUUGAUGAUUGGGAGAGGACUGUUGAGUUCAAGUGUAAGGAAGGAGAUGUUUAAAGUGAUGAAAUCGCUCACUGAGUUACAUGCUGCGAUUGGUAAAGUUAUUACGGAGAAACAUAUAAAAGGGGACGAAUCAAUGUCACUUUCUUUGGAACAAAAGAACGCCGUCGAAAAUGCAGUAUCUCAAUGGGAAGUAACAAUCACCCGAAUCGUGGAGAUUGUUGUAGAAGUUAAGUCAAAAAGUUCAAGUGCGGCUUCAGGGGAAGAGAGCAGUAAUACUGGUCAAAACAGCACUUCGGUGAAUGAAACCACGUUGGAGUCAAAUAAAGGAAAUUCCGAGUCCAUGCAAGAAAAUUCAGAUAAUGUUAGUGAAAGCAAUGAAGAUUCCAAAAACGAUGUAGCAAUGAAGGCUAAAGAAGGCAAUAGAGUAGAAGAUGUUAAAGGAGAUGUGAAUAAUGAGAAGCAAUUAGAAGUUCAAGGAGGGAGUAUUGAUUCGAAUACUAAUACGAGCUUGGAUGCUAAAGAGGAUAUUAACUCAGAGGUCAAGGCUAAUACUGAUGGAAGUUCCAUUACUAAGAACUUGGAAGAAGCUAAAGGAAAUAGUGGAGUUUUAACAAAUGAUAAUAAUUUGGAGAACAAAGGGAGUGAGGUUACACUAAAUGAUGGAGAUCACACGAAGGAAAAUGGUGAAGAGACUCAAGAAAACAAUGGAGAAGUAGUGAUGAAUGAGAACUUAGAGAACAACAAAGAUAAUAAAGAAGUGAAGGAUGAUGGAUUGGUAGAGACUAAGAAAAAUCAUGAAACUUCUAUGGAAGAAAAUCGAGAACAUACUCAAAGAGGAACUGAAGUUUCUAUGAAUGAAGAAAACAUGCAUACCAAAAGUGGAAAUGCUGAUUCUAAUAAGGAGAAGGAAGUAGAGGUUCAAGGAGAAAAUAUUGGAGACUCUACUAAAGAUGUAAAUUUGGAGAAUAAAGAAGAUUUUAAAGGAGAUGCUAAUAGUGAGAAGAAAUUAGAAGUUCAAGGAGGAAACAAUGGAGAUUCACAAAUUAACAAGAAUUUAGAUACUAAAGAAGAUGUUAAGUCGGAGGUUGAUGCUAGAAAUGAUGGAAGUUCGAUGACUGAAGAGUCGGAAACUCAAGGAAAUGAUGAAGUUUCUACAAAGAAUACUAACUUGGAGAAUAAAGGAAGUGAGGCUACAUUAAAUGAUGAAUACCACACAAAAGAAAAUGGGAAAAAUACUCAAGAAAACAAUGCAGAACUAGUGAAUGAUGAGAACUUGGAGAAAAAUAAAGAUAAUAAAGAAGUGAAGGAUAAUGGAUUGGUGGAGACUAACACAGAUCAUGAAAAUUCUACGGAAAAAAAGCGAGAACAUAUUCAAGGAGGCACUGAAGUUUCUAUAAAUGAAAAAAAGAUGCAUACCAACAGUGGAAAUGCUGAUUCUAAUAAGGAGAAGGAAGUAGAGGUUCAAGGAGAAAGUAUUGGAAACACCACCAAAGAUCUAAAUUUAGAGAAUGAAGAAGACCUUAAAGGAGAUGCUAAUAGUGAGAAGCCAUUAGAGGUUCAAGAAGGAAGUAUUGGAGAUUCACACAUUAACAAGAAUUUGGAUACUAAAAAUGGUGUUAAGUCAGAGGUUGAUGCUAGAAAUGAUGGAAGUUCCAUGACUGAAUCGGAAGACACUAAAGGAAAUGGUCAAUUUUUUACAAAGGAUACUACCUUGGAGAAUAAAGAGAGUGAGGCUAGAAUAAAUGAUGAAGAUCACACAAAGGAAAAUGGGGAAGAGACUAAAGAAAAUAAUGGAGAACUAGUGAAAGAUGAAAACUUGGAGAACAACAAAGAUAAUAAAGAAGUGAAGGAUGAUGGUUUUGUAGAGACUAAGACAAAUCAUGAAAAUUCUACUGAAGAAAAGAGAGAACAUACUCAAGGAGGAACUGAAGUCUCUAUGAAUGGAGAAGUGAUGCCUACCAAAGGUGGAAAUGUAGAUUCUAAUAAGGAGAGUGAAGUAGAGUUUCAAGGAGAAAGUAUUGGGAACUCAACCAAAGAUAUAAAUUUGAAGGAUAAAGAAGAUGUUAAGUCGAAAGUAGAGACUAAUAAAAAUGAUGAAAGUUCCAUGAAGGAGAAGCAAAGAUAUUCUCAAGGAAAUGAUCGAGUUUCAACAAAAGAUCAAAACUUGGAGAGCAUAGGAGCACACAAAGAGACUAUGAAUCACAAAACAGUAGAGGCUAUGAAAAAUAAUGGAGAUCAGAUGAAGGAUAAGAGGGAAGAAAAUCAACAAAGAGAAUCAAUGAAGGAUGAGAACUCAGAGAACAAAGAGGAUAAAAAUGAAUUGAAGGACAAUGAAUUAGUAGAGACGAAGACAAGUAAUGAAAGUUCUGUAAAAGAAAACAAGGAAGAGGCUCAAGGAAGUAAUGAAGUUUCGAUGAAUGGUCAAAUGGAUUCCUUAGGUGCAAAUGUGGAUUCUAAUAAUAAGGAGGCUGUAGAGUUUAAAAAAAGACAUGUUGAAGACUCGAAUAAAGAUUCUAAACCUAAGGUAGAGGCAAUAAAAAAUGAAGGCAAUUCCAUGGAAGAGAAGGGAGAAGUGGCUGAAGGGAACAAUGGAGUUUCAACAGAGGAUAAGAACUUAGAGAACAUCGAAAGUGAACAAGAAUUAAAGAACAAUAUACCAGCAGAGACGAAGACCAACAAAGAAACUACUAUGGAAGAAAAUAAAGAGAAGGAUCAUGUAAACAAUGAUGAGUCCACAUAUGAUGGAAAUAAGAACGAGUCUAAAGAUGAUAAGUUGGACAAGACUAAGAAAAAUAAAAAAGAUCAUAUGGAUAAAAAGUGGCGAGAGGCUAAGGGAAAUGAAAAAAGUUUUAUGAGAGAACACCAAAAAGAGGUUAGUGUUGACAACAAAGGCGACAAGAAAGAGAUUAAGGAUGGAAAACCGCUGGAAGUUAAAGAAAAUAAGGAAAACAAAGAAGAAACUCAAAGAAACAGUAGUGGACAAUACACAAACGUAGACAAUAAAGAAGGUAAGGAUGACAAAUCAAAAGAGGCUAAAGAAAAUAAGGAAAGUUCUAACAAUAAAAUACAAGAAAAAGUGCAAGGAAGCGGUAGAGAUACAACUAAGGUAGACAGAAAAAAAGAUAGAAGCUCUAUAGAUAACAUGGACAUAGAGGUUCAAAAAGGAAGUGAAGAGUCAAUGAAAGAGGCAGAAAGAAAAGAGCAUGAAAAAAAUAAAUCUACGAAAAUUGAAAAAGAGGAAAAAAAGCAGAAAGAGCACGAAGAACACAAAUCCAAGAAGAAAGAAGAAGAGAAAAGGAAAGAGCAUGAAAAAAAUAAGUUGAAGGAAAAUGAUGAUGAUAAAAAGAAGCAAAAAGAACACAGUGGAUACAAAUCCAAAAAGAAAGAAAAAGAGAAAAGGAAAGAACACAAAGAACACAAAUCCAAGAGAAAUGAAGAAGAGAGAAAAGAUCACGAAAGAAACAAAUUGAAGAAUGAAGAAGAGAAAAAGAAACAGAAAGAGCACGAAGAACACAUAUCCAAAAAGAAAGAAGAAGAGAAAAGAAAAGAGUACGAAAGAAACAAAUCAAAGAAAAAUGAAGAAGAGAAAAAAAAGCAGAAAGAGCACGAAGAACACAUAUCCAAAAAGAAGGAAGAAGAAAAAAGGAAAGAGCACGAAAGAAACAAAUUAAAGAAUGAAGAAGACAAAAAGAAGCAGAAAGAACACGAAGAACGCAUAUCCAAAAAGAAGGAAGAUGAGAAAAGGAAAGAGUACGAAAAAAACAAAUCGAAGAAAAAUGAAGAAGAUCGAAAGAAGCACAAAGAACACAUAUCCAAAAAGAAAGCAGAAGCGAAAAGGAAAGAGCAAGAAAAAAACAAAUCGAUGAAAAGUGAAGAAGAGCAAAAAAGGCAGAAAGAGUACGAAGAACACAUAUCCAAAAAGAAAGAAGAAAAUAAAAGGAUAGAGCACGAAAGAAACAAAUUGAUGAAUGGAGAAGAGAAAAAGAAGCAGAAAGAGCAUGAAGAACACAUAUCCAAAAAAAAGGAAGAAGAGAAAGAGAAUGAGCACGAGAAAAACAAAUCGAAGAAAAAUGAAGAAGAGAAAAAUAAGCAGAAAGAGCACCAAGAACACAUAUCCAGAAAGAAAGAAGAAGAGAAAAGGAUAGAGCACGAAAGAAACCAUCUGAAGAAUGAAGAAGACAAAAAGAAGCAGAAAGAGCACGAAGAACACAUAUCCAAAAAGAAAAAAGAAGAGAAAAUGAAAGAGCAGGAAAAUAACAAAUCAAAGAAAAAUGAAGAAGAGAAAAAGAAGCAAAAAGAGCAUGAAGAACAUACAUCCAAAAAGAAUGAAGAAAAGAAAAAGAAAAAGAAAAAGAAAGAGCACGAAAAAAAUAAAUCGAAGAAAAAUGAAGAAGAGAAAAAGAAGCAGAAAGAGCACAAUGAACACUUAUCUAAAAAGAAAGAAGAAGAGCAUAGGAUAGAGCAUGAAAGAAACAAAUUGAAGAAUGAAGAAGAGAAAAAGAAGCAGAAAGAGCACGAAGAACAUAUAUCCAAAAAUAUGGAAGAAAAGAAAAGGAAAGAGCACGAACAAAACAAAUCGAAGAAAAAUGAAGAAGAGAAAAAUAAGCAGAAAGAGAACGACGAACACAUGUCUAGAAAGAAAGAAGAAGAGAAAAGGAUAGAGCAUGAAAGAAACAAACUGAAGAAUGAAGAAGAGAAAAAGAAGCAUAAAGAGCACGAAGAACACAAAUCCAAAAAGAAAGAAGAAGAGAAAAAGAAAGAGCACGAAAGAAACAAAUUGAGAAAAAAUGAAGAAGAAAAUAAGAAGCAGAAAGAGCAUGAAAAACACAUAUCCCAAAAGAAAGAAGAAGAUAAAAGGAAAGAGCAUGAAGAACACACAUCCAAAAAGAAAGAAGAAGAGAAAAGAAAAGAGCACGAAAAAAACAAAGCCAAGAAAAAUGAAGAAGAGAAAAUGAAAGAGCACGAAAAAAAUAAAUCCAAGAAAAAUGAAGAUAAAAAGAGUGAGCAUGAACAAUACAAAUCUAAGAAAACGCACAAAGAAAACAAAUCCAAUAACAAUGAAGAAGAGGAAACGAAAAAGGGAGAAUAUGAAGAAACCAAAUCCAAGAAAAAUGAAGAACAAAAGAAGAGAGAACGUGAAGAAGAGAAAAAGAAAGAACAUGAAGAAAACAAAUUUAAAAAAGAAGAAGAAAGAAAAGAUGAAAGAUACGACAUACGAACAACUCUAAAAAUCAAGAAUAAUAAGAGAAAAAAAGAGAAGACCAAAGAAGACGUAAAAAUGUCUAAUGAUGAUAAAUCAAAAGAUCAUGAAAAAGAAAUGCUAGCAAAUGCUAAAGAAAAGAGUGAGGAAAGUGAAAAAGAAAUGCAAGCAGAGACUCUAUCAAGGAGUGAGGAAUCAGAUAAAGAAAUGCAAGCAGAUGCUCCAACAAAGAGUGAGGAAUCUGUAAAAGAAAUGCAAACAAAGACUCAUGCAAGGAGUGAAGAAUCUGAGAAAAAAAUACAAGCAGAGGCUCAAGCAAGGAGUGAAGAACAUGAGAAAAAUAUGCAAGCAGAAGCUCAAGCAAAAAGUGAGGUAUCUGAAAAAGAAACGCAAACAAAAGAUCAAGCAAAGAAUGAAGAACCAGAGAAAGAAAUGCAAGCAAAUGCUCACACUGAAAAUGAGGAAUCCGAGAAAGAAAUGCAAGCAGAAGCUCACGCAAGGAGUGAGGAAUCUGAAAAAGAAAUGCAAGAAGAAGCUCAAGUAAAGAGUGUUGAAUCUGAGAAAAGAAAGCACACAAAGGCUCAAGCAGAAAAUGAAGAUUCCUCGAUGAAAAAGCAAGAAGAAAUUCAAGAAACAAAUGUGGGUGAAAAGAAAGAUCAAGGUGAUCUUAAAGAGGAAGGUUCCGCAGAUGGCAAAACAACUGAAAUCAAAGAAGGUUCUAUAGAAGAAGACUCCAAAGAUGGUGAAACUGUUGAAAACAAUGGAGUUAAUGAAGAAGCCAUGGAAGAACAUUCCAAAGAUGGCAAGGUAGUUGAAACCAAUGGAGGUAAAGAAGAUUCCAUGGAAGAAGGUCCCAAAGAUGAAAAGUUAAUUAAAGAUAAUGAAAACACAACUGAAAUAAGUGGAGGCAAAAAUUCAACGGUGGGAGAUUCAUCUUCUGAUGAUGGUAAGAUAGUGGAAAACAAUGGUGGCAAAGAAGAUUCCCUGGAGGAAGGUGAAGAUGGUAAAACAGUUGAAAUGCAUGGAGGUAAAAAUUCCACUGAAGAAGUUUCUAAAGAUAGUACGACAGAAAUUAAUGGUGGUAAAGAAGAUUCAAUAGAAGAAAUCUCUAAGGAUGGUGAUAUAGAUGAAAUAAAUAGAGAUAAAGAAGAUUCCAUGAAGGAAGGUUCUGAAAAUGGUAAGACAGCUGAAAUCGAUGGAAGAAAAGAAGUUCCAAUAGAAGAAGGUUCUAAAGAUGGUAAGACACUUGAGAAUAAGAAUAGUACAGAAAGUUCGGUAGAGGAAGGUUCUAAAGAUAGUCAGACAGUAGAAGUCAAUGAAGGCCAAGAUAAAUCCAUGGAGAAAGGUAAUGGAAGUCAAGAAGUAACCAUGGAAGAAGGUUCAAAGGAUGGUAAUACAACUGAACUAAAUGGAAGUAAAGAUAACUCAAUGGAGGAAGGUUCCACAGAUGGUAAUACAGUUGAAACGGAUGGAGUCAAAGAAGAUUCCAUGAAAGAUAAGGCGACGGAGGUUCAAGGAAACAAUAAUAGCUCCACAAGUGAUACAUCAAUGGCGACAGAGGUUCAAGGACAUAAUAAUAGCUCCACAAGCGAUACAUCAACGGAUGUUAAAGGAGACAGCGCAUACAUCAAUGAAGAUUCUACAAAGAAUACAACACUGGAAGCUCAAGGUGGUAGUGCUGGAGGCUCAACGAAUGGUACAAUAGGAGAGACUACAAAGAGUAAUGAUUCCAUGAGCAACCAAAACGUGCAGCAUGUUGAAGGAGACAGCAUAGACAUCAAUGAAGAUUCUACAAAGAACAAGACAAUGGAAGCUCAAGGUGGAGGUGUUGGAGACUCAACGAAUGGUGAAAAAGAAGAGACUACAGAGAGUAAUGAUACUAUGAACAACCAAAACGUGCAGCAUGGAGAAAACAAUGCAAAUUCCACAAAUAACCAAACAUCAGAAAGUUCCUCAACGGAAAAAAAAGUGACAACAGAUAUCGAGAGCAGUACUUCAAAAGAAGUCACAAGUUUCAUAUCAAACCUUGAGCACAAAUCUCCAGGAACACAAGAGUUCCAGAGCUUCUUCCAGAAGCUUAAAGACUACAUGAAAUACGCAUGGCCAGUAUCUUCAACAUUUGAGGCAACGGACUCAAGAUCCUACAUGAGUGAGAUGACAAAUAUGGCAACAAAAGUCUCGGAUGCUAUGGCUGUCUUGCAAGCCAAGAAACUUGGGUCAGGACUGAUGAAAACAACACUACAAGGAUAUCAACAAGAGGUGAUGAAGACUCUUACCAUCUUGCAAUCGGUUUUGAGCAAAGCAGUAUCGGGACAACAAAGCCAGAACUCUGGUUCCUUGACGCUUACGUUAUCACAACAACAAGCAAUUAAGGAAAUAACUUUGAAAUGGGAACAAGUGAUGUCUCAGUUCGUAAGAGUUGCUACGGAGAGUGAGAAACAAUUUUCAAUGGAGACUUCCACUGGAAACGGCUUUCAUAUGAAAAAGAGUUUUAGCUCUAGCUCUAGCUCUAGUAGUAGCUCGAGUUCAAGUCCAGGUUUGGAUUUCAAUCUCAACAGUGAAAGUCCGGAGAUGGUGGAUGUUAAUAGUUAGAGAGUACAUUAUGUCGAUAACAAUAUGAUUAUGGUUCAUUAGAAUUUUACACUGUUGUAAAAUAAACCCCAGUCGCCUUGAGGUUUAGACUUUUAAUUCUAGGGUGGGUACAAUAUAGAUCGGAAUACAAAUUGUGAACUUGGGAUGUAAAUUUUUUCUCGUGGAUAUGCAAGUAAAUUAAGAAGCGGCAAUUACUCACUGAUACUAUGCAUGUAUAUAUAUACUUUUAGGACUUGGAUCAUUAUGCAUAUAUUUGUGUAUUUUGUUAGAGACAAAUUUUUGUUUCCUUUAGUGUUUUACAUUAUUCCGGUGAACUAGAGUUGAUUUUGAACUUGUGGAAUACGUGUACAGACUUACAAAGAUUAUUAUUUAUAUUUUUACUUGGACACGUUAAGAUUCAGGGUAACAUAAACAUCCAAAAGAUACCAUCAUAAAAAAACUUCCCACGGAAGGAUAAAGUUAAAUAUGGCUAGAAGAUUAAGAUUUAACUUCGCGAUGAUUUGAUGUAGAUCGAAUCAAUGGAUUAAUCAUUUCAGAAUCUUGAUUGGAGAAAAAAUGAAUUUUCAAACCUAUAUUUAAGAAAAUAAACUACAUUGAA